AAUUUGUUGAGGAAAAAUGGCAGAGCCUGAAUUAAAUGUAGACAGUUUGAUACAAAGAUUACUAGAAGGGUAUAAAAUUCAGCAGGAGGCCCAACUCGAUGUCAAGAAGAAGUCAAAAAUAAAAGAUAUAUUUUUAUCCUCUGACAUAAGAGGAAUGAGACCGGGCAAAUCGGUCCAGAUGACCGAGUCCGAAGUGCGCGGUCUCUGCCUCAAAUCCCGUGAGAUCUUCCUGCAGCAGCCCAUCUUGCUGGAGCUAGAGGCGCCGCUUAAGAUAUGCGGCGACAUCCACGGCCAAUACACCGACCUGCUGCGUCUCUUCGAGUAUGGGGGCUUCCCGCCGGAAGCCAACUAUCUGUUUCUCGGAGACUACGUCGAUCGCGGCAAGCAAUCCUUGGAGACGAUAUGUCUACUGUUAGCGUACAAGAUUAAGUAUCCAGAGAAUUUUUUCCUGCUCAGAGGUAACCACGAAUGCGCCUCCAUCAACAGGAUUUAUGGCUUCUAUGACGAAUGUAAAAGAAGGUACAAUAUAAAAUUAUGGAAGACAUUCACAGACUGCUUCAACUGCUUACCCAUUUCCGCUAUUAUCGACGAAAAGAUUUUCUGCUGUCAUGGUGGACUAAGUCCAGAUUUACAAGGAAUGGAACAAAUCAGGAGAAUAAUGAGACCAACGGAUGUACCAGAUACUGGUCUUCUGUGUGACCUUCUCUGGUCCGAUCCAGACAAAGACGUUCAAGGAUGGGGCGAGAACGAUCGAGGUGUAUCCUUCACCUUUGGAGCCGACGUCGUGAGCAAAUUCCUGAACCGACACGAUCUCGAUCUCAUCUGCCGCGCCCACCAAGUAGUCGAAGACGGCUACGAGUUCUUCGCCAAGCGACAGCUCGUCACUUUAUUUUCCGCUCCCAACUAUUGCGGCGAAUUCGACAACGCUGGAGGGAUGAUGAGCGUGGACGAGACGUUAAUGUGCUCGUUUCAGAUUCUUAAACCGUCAGAAAAGAAGGCGAAGUACCAAUACCAGGGGAUGAAUUCCGGCCGCCCAUCUACACCGCAACGAAAUCCUCCUAACAAAAAUAAGAAGUAGAGCACUAACUUAUUUUUAGCCCUCUCCUUCCCUUUCUUCUACACCCCCCCGCCCUAUCCUUACACUACUUUUUGUAUUCAUCUUAUCUGUCGACGAUGCAUUUGUAAUGAGUAGUUUCUCUAAGCAAUGCCCCCUCCCCGGAACAGAAUAAAAAUGGUUUAAGCAUGUCAAGAACUAUUAUUGUAUAUUAUUUAAUGUUUUAUUAUAAUUUAUAUAUUGUAUUAUGUGACUGAUUGUUUAUUUUUUUCAGGUUUUUGUUGUUGAGCGCUGACUGAAUUGCUUUGUAUUAUUUUUCUUUUGCGUUAUCCCGGCGUAGAUUUGUCAUUUGAGAUUAUCAUUUCAGCUGGAUUAUUAUUUUCUAAAAUUUUCUACAAUAAUUUGACGACAUCUAACAUUAGAGAUUCUGUUGAUACCCUAAACUUUACGACUUAACGGACAAAGUCCGAAUAUACAGCUUCUAUUGACGUCAUUCAUUGUCAAAUGUCACCAAUCAAUCACUUGUUAAUUUUCAUUGUCUAAACUUUAUUUUACUCUUGUACCACUAUUCUUUUACGAUUAAGAAGAGUAAAGAAAUUUAUAGAACCACAUAUCACUUCAAUUUCGGAAUAUUAUUUUGAAUUUAAUGGUGGAAAUAUAACAGAAAGUGGAGAAUAUCACUCUCCGUUGACUCCACUGUUUUUUCAAAUGUCACCAAUCAGGCAGCUUGUCAUUUGUCAAUGUCUACACUGUAUUUUCGUCUUUUGUAUUGUUUUUCUGUAAUUAAAAAGAGUAAAGUGACUAAUACCUCUCCCAUUGGCGUCACUCAUUGUCAAAUGUCACCAAUCAAGCAAACAAAUUACGUCUUGUCUCAAUUGACCAUUUCAAAUGACUGAUCUACGCCUAAAUUUACAAUUAUUCGUUUUAAGUGUGUACCCACAUUGUACAUAACCACUUUCUUUUAAAAUUCAUCGAUACGAGGAGUACUGUAAAUCUACGUAUUAACUACUUAACGACAGUCUCCCGAAUUUUCAACCAUAAUGAAAAAUUUUCACUCGUACAAUCAUCAAUAAAUUUAAGUUUGAAUAUUUUUGUUCUUUUUUCUUUACCGCAAUCAAAGUGAAAUGACAAUUACGUGUGUUUUUUACGGUUUGAAAUCGUUAAAAGGACAAAGUUGCAAUUAUUAGUCGUUCGAAUACAUAUUUUCUAUUACGAGUACGCUAGAAAUUACAAUUUUGGAGUGUAUACUAGGAAAAAUAAUGGACUAAUAAUAAAAAUAACAUUUCAGUUUAUAAACUUGUGUUUUCGAGGGCACUGUUGGUUCCUUUUAAAAUAAGAUUUGGCUCAUAACAAUCUCCCACAGUAGUGUGGUAGAUUGUGAAACAUAUAUCGACACUUUUUAUUGGAACUUUGCUUUUUCUAACGAUAAAUUCGGAAUUGAUACUAUUUACCCGAUUAUAUAAUUACCGUAAGUUAAGAAAUGUGAUGUCCUCAAAAGAUUUUAACUUGGGGUAACUCUCUACCGUUGUUGGUCUAAUAUUAUUUAUGCUUUGACUUCACCCCUCUACUUGAUGACCAUUUUGUGCAAUUUUGAACACCAAAAUUACUCUUCUUUUCCGUCGUACGUAAUAUUUAGUGGAUUUAAGCUUAAAUUAACGUUUAGAGAACUUAAGUUUUGAAUAAAUGUGCACGGUUUGAUGAAGAAAUGUUCUGAUUUGACAAUCAAGGCCAAAAAAGGUAAAAAGCCUUGAAAACAACUCGAAGAGUGUAGAAAAAUCCAUGCUACACUGUGCAAAAAGACAUAUAUGCAACAGUGCAAGUCUUUUUAUAAUAUUUCUAAUACCUGUCAAAAAAGGCGAUAAAUGAUUCCUUAUUAAUUAUAAAGGAAGGCAAUUUUUUAACUGAAAGAGAAAGAAACAUUUUUUUUAAGAUUAGAAAGAAGUUAAAAGAGAAAAUCGUCAUAUAGUUUUAAAAACUGUUACUUUAAGACAAUUUUCUAUAGAAAAUUGAAUAUUGUCGAUCUGUGCACACGAAAUUCUUAAAUCAACAUACUUGAAGAAUAUAUUUCAGCAACAAACAAACGAUAAUUGGUCUAAAUCAAUAAUAUAAGAAACAUUUUCAUUUUAAUAAAGUUUUGACUUUUUCUUUCGAACCUACCCUACCCUAAUUCUCAAAGGAAUUCGAAUUUUUUCAUCCACCUUUCAAGCACACACGACAUUUUACUUGGAUCUGCCCACCCCCACUUCAUUUUUCGUUUAAACAGAUUUUCUUAAUCAUUAUUAUCCGUUUAGUUUGAACAUCGCAACAAUCCUUUGUUUGUUAGAAAUAGAUCUUUCUCACAAAACACUUACAAAUAUCCAGGUUGUUGAUACAUUGCGUUAAAAACACCCAAGUUAUCAUCAAUUGUGAUACCGGAACGAGUGGGAUUGUGCUCCCACGAACGUCAUUCAUUGUUAGAUGUCACUUGUCAAUCCUUUUGUCAUUUUUAAACAUUCAAAAUUCUAUUCUAGUUUUGUAUUAUUGUUUAUAAACUAGGGUGGUGUCUUAUUUUGUAGCACCUUAUUACUAGUAACACUUGUUAGUGUCCUUUCCUUGAUAAAGUAGUUCUUGUUGCUUGUCAGUGAAUUAUAGGAUUUCGUUAUUGUUUUUAGACCCGUUGAUAGGAGUUAUGACUACCAUAUCUUAUCACAUCCUUAAAGGGGUUACACACAGACCAGGAAACCAACUUGAAUGUGUGUUAAACUUUCAUUUUGUGAUAUUUAACUGAACAUAUAUAUUCUUCAAGUAUAAUAUUAUUUAUAAAGUUAGAAUGAAUCAAAAUAUGACAUUAGGUGGACUAAUCUGUGUUUUAUUUUGUUUUGUAAAGAUCAGUAGUUUUCGGGUGUAUUUAAAUUUCUAAAAAAUCGGUGUUUUCACUUGUAUUGAAUAAAAAGCUUGCUCCUGGUGUUUCUAAUGUAGGGUGUUGUAUAGUUAUACGUUUUGUUUGUGAUUAUUUAACCAAAAGUUCAUUUGGUUAGACACCUAGGCUCUGGAUCUUCAGUUUAAAGAAGAAAAACUUGUAAAAACGGUUGAUUUAUUAAUUAUUAUAGUGUCCAAUGCUUUACAUUGGCUUUCCUCGUGUCAUUGUUCAAAUUUUGCGAAAUAAUUCAGGAAGGCACCCGAAAGUUGAGACAUUUUACCAAAGAUUAUUAAUGUGCAUCAUAUUUGGAAAGUUACUAGGCGUUUUAAACAAUACGUCCUUAUUUAUUCUAACAAUUAAUCAGUUUUUACAAGUUUGGAAUCUCUAUUCACUAAACCAUUAACGUACUGCACGGUAUUGAUAAAAAUUCCCUACUGUAAACAAAGAAUCAGUGCAUAAUAAGUAUAUAUGUCACAUUAUACACCUGUCAGUUGUCCGUGUCCGAAGCAUGAUACUAUGACUUCUAAGAUAAAGCCACGUCGCAAUCGAAUUUUGUACGUCGAUGUGCAUGACGUCACUUGGUGAUAAAAGUUACACUUGUCGGUAAAACAUAUAUGGAAAGAGAGGGUUUUUAUUUAAGUAUUUAGAAUAUUUAGGGAUGUUAGGUAAAAUAUCUGCAAUUAAAACUUAAAAAUGUGUUAUAUAUACUUAUAUCUCUGUUAGCCUAGCAAUGUAAAUUAAUAGAAUUUAAAUAGAUAAUAAAAUUAUAUAAAAAAGUAGGAACUUACAUCUUUUUGUUAAUGGAAAUUUAUAUACAAUGGAUUUAUUUAUUAAAAGAAAAAUUUAAUACAACUGAUAAAAUAAAGUACACUGUAACAAUUUACAAGUUUAUUUUACAAUUUUUAAUAUUUUAUUCUUAAUUUUGGAUUUUUUUAAUAUAUCUAUUCAAUUUUCUAAUUUUAAAUUAUAACUUACACCUAAAAAAAGGAUGUUUGACAUCUGAACUUACGUUUACUAACACAGCUAAAUCCAUUAGCGAUUUUAAGGUUAAUUUUAAUGACCUCUUGCUAAAAUUGUUAAAAAUAUGGUCCAGUUCAUUACAUUUAAUUAGAAAAUCUGGACAUGGUUUAAGUAAACCUCCUUCGGAAACAUGGAACAUAGUUUACCCACGAAAAUGAUAUUUCAUUGCCGUCUGGAAUUAGUAGUUCAUCAUGGAUACGUCCAUGUAGUUCAUAGUAUCAUGUGUCUGAAGCCGCUAGUCCUUGUAACUUUAGUAUUUUAUGAAUUUUUUUAUGGUUUUUAACGUUGUUAGUAUUUGCUAGCCAAAAAUAUUAAUUUAUUGUAUUUUAAUAUGAUUGUAAUAAUUCCCACACAUUUCUCCACAAAAUGCGGUCCUGCUUUAGUUGAAUUCCUACGCCUUUGUUUGCUGUAGGGAAUUUUUUUUCAAAAUGCUUUUUCACUUGAUUUGUUUUUCACCUACAAUAACCAACUAUAUGUUUAUCUUGCAAUAAUUUAUUUACUAUUUUAUACUGUCUGUUAUUUUGGCAUGUUUCUACAGAUCUGUAUCGAUUUCUAGCGCUAGAACGACUAAAAUUGUUUAAACAAUAUAUAACUCUUUUAAAUGAUCUCUUUGAAAAGGCUAAUACAAAAAAUGAGGCUAUUGAGUUAUUUACAGAAUUUGUUUCAUUUAAAAAACAGUUUAGUCGAGAUAAUUUUAACACAACCUGAAUAAAACAAUCAAAAAGUUCAUAGCGCGGCGUUUGAUGAUCGAAAUAGGUCUUUUCAUUACGUGACGAGCGCAUGCGCAGCCACCAUGUUUUUCGUACGUUUUUGAUUUACAAUUAAAAGGUUUGCCACCAUUAUUUGUCAGCAAAGAUAUUUUUCCCUAUUACUUGUUUACUAUUCAAAUAAUAUCUAUGUUUUUUUAUUAUAAUUAAUAAUACAAAUAAAAUAUUGUAGGUAUAGCACGAGAUAAUUUUUUAAAGAAAUAAAGUCUUUGAACAAUUUAUUAAAUAAUUUGUAUUGUCUUUAAAUGAUUUAUAGCGUUUAUCACUCUUACGUACUCCUUAACAACACCACUUCGUUGUUCCUUUUUGUACAGGUACCAUAAUAACAAUCGAUUAAAACAAUUGAUUUGCUAAUGAGGUACUUCUGUAAUGAGUAUUUGUUAUCUUAAUUAUCUGUUGACAGGUACUUUUUGUUAUUUAUAUUACGAACCUAACCUAAUAUGCUUAUUUACAACAAACAGUACGAAAAUAAUGGCUGAAAAAUGUUGUGAUGAAAAGGUCUAUCAAAAGCUUGCAAUCUAACCUAAAAUGCCAAUCUUGAAUUCGUCACGUUUUCGUACAAUUCAAAUGACAAGCUUAUAGUGUACAGUAUUGAAGCUUGAGUGUUGAAGGAAAAAAUUCAUUACCAUCUAGGAAAUUCCUAAUUUUUCUCUCACGGAACUAGUACUGAGAAAUCGAUGCAGAAUUCUACGGAAUCGAAUAUCUCAGAAGAGCAAUUUACUUAACCAUAUAUUUUAGUAUAGACACCCAUCAUAGUUAUAUAUAGGUAGUUUUUCUUGUUCGAUGCGUUUUUUGGAACAUUUCCCGGCACUGUGUCUAUUCACAUUCGUCUGUAUUAUUUUAAAUUGAAUAUUUUAUUAUAAUGAUAAAAUAUUAAGAGUAUAUUGACAUAAAUAUAUCUAUAUUACU